ACAUUCCACCCAAAUGAGUCAGCUUUAUAGCUAGAACUGGACUAAGAAGAACUCAGUACUCUCUCUCCUUCCUCCUCCGUUCUUCAACACUUUGAUACUUCUCUUUUUCUAAUAUACAACAACAGAAAUGCCGAUCGCAACCAAUGAUUCGACGCCGCCUCCAUCGAUUGGCAAGAUCGGACCCUACACUGUCUUCAUUACUCCGCCAGCCACUCCUAAGCCCUUUGAUUCCUCCGAUGCCGCCGAUUCGCACAACAUCAAACUCCCUCGCACGCCUCCGCCUCCGCCUCACCCGCAACCGUCCCCUGUUCAAGCACCACCUCUUCAAUUUCACAAGCCGGCCGCUCUUAAACCUCCCUCCGACGGUUCCGUCUCCGGAAUAUUCUGGAAUGCCGUAAACAAGGUCCAGAAUGCACAUUCGAGCUUAGAUGAGUACGUUGCUCAUUGGUUUGGUUUGAAUCAGUCCAAAUAUCAAUGGGCGUUAGAUGACUACUAUGAAAGCAAAGGAUCGGAUCAAUUGGAAGGAAAGGGAAAAGGAAACUGUUCCACCAAAGUGCAGGACGUAUGAUUCUAUUAUGGGAAAGAACAAAGCUGCAGCCAUGAUCUUCAUAAACAUCAUCAAAGGGGAGGAGAAAUAAUAUCGCCUUUUUUGUUUUGUUUUGUUGUUGGAGUUGGAAAGAAACGUAAAAUUAGAUGUUUUUGUGCCUUUUUGUUUCGCUCUUGAAGAUUGAAACGGGCAACAUUAUUAUUAUUAUUAUUAUUACUCCCAUUGUUAUAUAUAUUUAGAGAGUUACAGAUAUGCAACAUAAGUAGCUUGUGAUUUUUAGAAUUGUUGUUGAUGAUGUAUUGAUGUUAUCUGUAUCUGUUAAGCUA